AUGCCAGCCCACCCCGCGCCGCCAUUUUCCUCUCUUCGUCAAAACUCAAAAUCAAAUCCAGAGCCGAGCCGAGCAGACCGGGAGAGGUGACCCGUCGAUUCGAGGCACACACGACCACACGGUAGCGGACGCGUGCGAGGAGGAGGAGGAGGAGGGAGUUCCACGAUCCAUGGGGGAUGAGAAGGCUCCGAAGGGCGCCGCCGAGCCGGUGGUGCUGAGGAUGGAGUUGCAUUGCGCCGGCUGCGCGCAGAAGGUCAAGAAAUCCAUCAAGCACUUCGCCGGGGUGGAGUCGAUUGUGGCGGACACGGCGACGAACACGGUCGUCGUGGCGGGGACGGCCGACGCGGCCGCGCUUAAGGCGAGGAUCGAGGCGAAGACCAAGAAGCCCGUCGAGAUCGUCUUCGCCGGCGGCCCUAAGAAGGCCGCCGCCGCCGCCGCGGAGCCCAAGGCCGUCAAGGACGGCGGCGAUGGCGGCGAGAAGAAGGGGGACAAGGACGCCCAGCCGAAAGAGGAGAAGGGGAAGAAGCAACCGCCGGAGGAGAAGAAACCCAAAGAGGAGACGGUGCUGCUCAGGAUCCGUCUCCACUGCGACGGCUGCGCCGACCGCAUCAGACGACGCAUCUACAAGAUCAAAGGGGUGAAGGAAGUGGUAAUAGACGGCAAUGCCAAGGACGAGGUGAAGGUGUCGGGCACGAUGGACGUGCCGGCCAUGCUGACCUAUCUCACCGAGAAACUCAACCGCGCCGUGGAGGCCGUGGCGCCCGGCAAGAAAGACGGCGGCGGCGACGACAAGAAGAAGGACAAGGGCGGUGACGGCGGCGGCGACAAGAAGAAAGACGCCGCGCCCGCCACCGGCGACAAGAAGGACAAAGGCAAGAGCGUCGAGGUCGCGGGCCCGUCCACCGCCGCCGCCGCGGCGUCCAUGGCGCCGGCGCCGGCCGAGGCGAGCACGUACCACGUCUCGCCGUACGGCUACGGCUACGUCGCCUACCCGCAGCAGCAGGGCCCUCCCCCCAGCUACUACCAGUACUACGGCGGCGGCAAUGGCGACGGCUUGGGGUACGCCUACCCCAAUGCCGGCGGCGGCGCCUACUACCACCCCCACCCCAACGACGUCCCCAACCACCAGCCGCCGUCGUACCCGCCGUACCCCUACCACCUCGACAUGUCGCCGGCGCCGCAGCUGUUCAGCGACGAGAACCCCAAUGCCUGCUCCGUCAUGUGAUCGCCAUGUGAGCUCAGAGGCAAAUCGGACGACAUGUACAUACCAACCGAGGACUUAGUCGUAGAAGAUCAGAUGCAUCCACCAACGUGUGCUGUGCUUCCGAUCAAUUUUUGUCCAAAACUUACCCUUUUCUUGUAGCCCUGAUCAAUUCUUGCACUAGUUAAAUUUGAUCUAGCUUGAGUAUUAUCUGA